CCCAUAGAGACCCCAUAGAGACCCAUAGAGACCCCAUAGGGACCCAUAGAGACCCCAUAGGGACCCACUGACAGCGCCCAGCUAUGGGGCAUCAUGAGGGGCGCAGCGGGGCCGGGGGCCACCAUCACGGAGUGCCGUGUGAUGCGCUCCCUGUGUGGCCGUGGCCCGUCUCUGGGCUUUGCGUUCGUUCAGUUCACGCGGCACCAACACGCGCUGACGGCCCUGAGGAGCAUCAACAACAACCCCAACGUGUUCGGGGCCAGCAAGCGCCCCAUAGUGGAGUUCUCCCUGGAGGACCUUCGCAAACUGCGCCUCAAGGAGCAACGUCUGCAGCGCAGCCGGGUAUGGGACCGCCCCAUAGCCACCCCAUAGCCACCCCAUAGCCAU